UCUCUCCUCUUCAUCGCAGCGAGUCCCCGGCCGGGCGGCCAUCGCAGAUUACAGCGGCCAUCGACGUGAUGGGUGCGCGCGGAGGUUGCGCGCGGCUCUCCCUGGCCUUCGCCUUUCUCGGAUGGCAAGCGCUGUGCACAUGUGCGGGCGGUCAGCAGUACUUCCGCGUGCGUCCCCGCGACACCCAAGCAGUCGAGGGACAGACGGCCGAGCUGCAGUGCCACGUGGCCAACCUGGCCGGACCCGUCCAGUGGAGCAAAGACGGAUUCCUGCUCGGUUUCGACCCGUCCAUUCCAGGUUUCCCGCGGUACACAAUGAUCGUAGACAAUCAACGCGGUGUCUAUAACCUGCGCAUCACCAACGUCCAGAUGGAAGAUGAGGCGGAAUACCAGUGCCAAGUAGGACCAGCCUACAAGAAUCAUGCCAUUUGGACUGCAGCCCGCCUUACAGUGCUCGUGCCGACAAAAGAGAUCGAGCUUCGUCACCGAGGAAAUGGCAGUGUAGUGGAAGUCAGAGAAGCCGAGAGCCUGGCCAUUGCCUGUUGGGUGCGGAACACCAAGCCCGCAGCUAACAUCAGGUGGCUGCGGAACUCCCUCCCACUCGCGCAAGAAAAAGUGCUGACGAGAAAGAAUGCCUCGGGAGAGAAGCUAUUUUCUGUGUACAGUUCUGUCACGCUGUACCCCAAGCUGGACGACAAUCGAGCAGUCUACACCUGUGAGGCAACGCACCCCGCCCUCGAGAGCCCGCUGCAUGCUUCGGUCACCGUCAGCGUGUUAUACCCACCGGGGGCGCCCGAGAUCGAGGGCUACCACGAGGGCGACAUCGUGCAGGUCGGGGACACGCUCACGCUGGCCUGCAUCUCGCGCGGCGGCAAUCCGCCGGCCGCGCUCGCCUGGAGCCGCGACGGCCGGCCGCUGCGGGCGCGCUACAAGGCGGCCUCGCGCGAGGCCACCAGCGCCUACACCUUCGCGGUGACGGCCGCGGACAACAACGCCGCGUACCGAUGCGAGGCCAGCAACCUGGUCACGCUGCAGCCGUCGCAGGCGUCGGUCACGCUGAGCGUGCUCUUCCCUCCCGCUCGCGUCUUCAUGGCGGCACCAAAGGAGGCGAAGGCCGGCGACCUGGUGACCGUCUCGUGCACCACGGCGCCCAGCAACCCGGCGGCCGAGGUGUCUUGGAGGCUGGACGGUCGCGCCGUGCAGCCCGCUUCAGACCAGUCAACGGUGCAGAACAAGAACGGCUGGAUCACGGCGUCGAACCUCACCAUCACGUUGACAAGGCAGGACCCCGACGUCAAGUCUUUCACAUGCAUAGCAGAAAACCACAAGCUGCAGGCAACAGUCGUCCAAACGGUGACAGUCAAAGUCAUAUAUCCUCCCCGCGCGCCUGUGAUAAUCGGCUACGACGAAGGCACCCCUAUCGUGGCCAACUCGGUACAGCGCAUAAAGUGCGUCUCAAUCGGGGGAAACCCGCUGCCGUCGGUCAAGUGGUACAAGGGCACCAAGGAGUACUCAUCGCUGUCUACGGUCACAGGAAGCGGAGUGUCGAGUGUGUUGGAAAUCAUGGCGCAGCCGGACGACAAUCAAGCGACGUUUCACUGCAAGGCCUCCAAUUCGGCCACCACGGAGCCGCUGACGACGUCCGUCAAGACGACGGUUAUCUUUCCUCCGAAAGUAGUCUCUAUCACGGUGGUUCCACAAGCUCCGAAAGAAGGUGACACGGUGGUACUGACGUGCGAGUCCGGUAGCUCGAACCCGGAGAGCAGCAUCCGCUGGGAGCGCGACGGCCGCACCCUGUCUGGCCAGCACCAGAGCCGUGUAGCGGCCCAGCACGGCGGCAAGGCGACGCGCAGCCGACUUCGCCUCAACGUGACAGCCGCCGACGACGGAGCCACGUUCACCUGCCUCGCCUCCAACCAAGUGCAGCCGGCCGCUACCAGGAGCGUGGCGCUGCGCGUGCGACACAAGCCACUGUUCCUGCACCCGCCUGUGGCAAAACACGAGGUGAAGCAAGGCGACAGCGUGCUGCUGAACAUGUCCGCGAAGGCUUACCCUUCGAAGAUAAGCUACGCAUGGACCAAGGAGGGCGUUCCGCUGCCUCUGGAGUCGUGGCGGGAAACGCGUAGGGUUUUCCACCGCGCCUCGGCGCUCUUCAUCAACCACGCACAGAAGGACGACAGCGGACGCUACGAAUUCGAAGCCAGGAACAGCAUCGGAUCCGCCAAGGCCACCGUUGUCGUCAAAGUGCAUUACCCCGCCCGCAUCACCAAGAUAACGGAGCAGGUGCUGGCCGGUGCGGGUGAAAACGCUUCGUUGGCCUGCGCCGCGGACGCGGACCCGCUCACGGACGACGUGGUCCGGUGGCGGCGGCCAGGGUUCGACCUUCGUCAUCGCGCCAGGCUGCUUCUGGAGCGGGGCCGCGCCUUCCUCACGCUGCUCAACGUGACCCGGGAGGACGAAGGCCUGUUCGAGUGCGUCGCCCACAAUGGCCUGGGCAGCCAGGUUGCCCGGGCCGCCAGGCUGGUCGUAAAGUUCAAGGCGGCCAUGCUGCAGGCCCGCGAGACGACGCUGGCGGCCGAACUUGGCCGGCCGCUGUCGCUGUCGUGCACUGCCCACGGUGCGCCGGGCCCCGCGUUCGUCUGGUCGUUCGGCAAGGUGGCGCUGGACAGCGGCGGCGACAUGCGGCGCGUCGUGCGCAGCGAGCAGGAGGACGUGGUGCGCUGGAAGUCCACGCUGUCCGUGGAGAGGGUCGAGCUCGGCGACUACGGCCGCUACACGUGCACCGCGCGCAACGAGCUCGGCUACGACUGGUCCCGGUUCACGGUGCGACCAAGGGGAAAACCCGACCCUCCCACGGCCGCGCGCGCGCUCAACGUGAGCCACUCGAGCGUGCUGCUGGUGUGGUCUCCGGGCUUCGACGGAGGGCUCGAGCAGCAGUUCCGCGUGCGCACGCGGCGGCUCGGCGGCGGACCGGGCUCCAUCCGCUACGAGCACACUGCCUCGGCCCAGGGCGUUUUCGAGCUGCUCGUGCAGGGACUCGAGUCCGGCGUCGAGUACGCGUUUAGCGUGCAAGCGCGCAAUGCGCUAGGCGAUAGCGUCUUCAGCCACGAGUCACCCGCUGUCACGACAAAGACCUUCAGCUGGCCUCACAGCGGCGCCGUGAUGGACGCACUUGGUGGACGCCAGGCGACGGUGGCACAGUUCCUGCUCGUCACCGUCGCUGCCGGCGCCACGCUGCUGCUCAACGGAAUGUUGGCCGCCUGUCUCGUGCGCCGUCGACGCAGGAGGCGGCGGCGGCUAGCCGCAUCCGAGAAGAACUCUGUCGGCCAUUCAGCGGACAUGCAGUUUUGCAAUUCGGCAAGCCACGAGUCCACCUUCGACGGGCACUCCAUGGCGACGAGUGAUGUUUACGUUGGUCAAGCCAUAACUGAAAUACCUCCUAGUGAAGAAAAACCUGAGAUCGAACAGUGCUGCACGGACGCCAUCUAUGCGCCAGCUGCGCCGCACGAAGUGUUCGACCCCAGCGAAUCACUGCUGCCCCGAAGCUCAAGUCACGCACCGCAGGUCGCGCAGGACUCCAUUGUGCGCACAACGCCCAGCCAUCCGCAGGCUGCGGCGGUGAGCUGCGUUCUCGGAAAGCUGGGCAGCCACAUGGUGUGACCGCUCUGCCGCGUCGAGCAAUGUGCAAGCUUUGCUCACGGAACAAGACACUCGCAGAAUGCUGCAGCCACGCCGUACUGCGAGAGACUCCCUUCGGAUUCGCUCUAUUAUUGUGACGGGGAACAAGCGGGCGGAACAUCGUAUUUUUCCCGGCGUGUUUUUGAGAAUGAUUGAACAGUCUUUAUACGCAUGUAGAAUUCCUCGCGUUCAUACUUUGCCGCGCAGACAAUGUGAUUCAGGUACCUGUUGUCCUGAUGCCGUGUACUCUACGGUCCCUGUGAUCUUUCAGACACCUUGAACUAGGCACUACCGCGGGCAUAAUUUCCGCAACCUCGGGCCAAGAAGCGAACGUCAUGAGGCUGGUCAAAUUACGGACAAAACCUUAAUGAAACGACGCUGGCUUUUGAUGUCCUACGUCAUUACAGUCGCUUUCUAAAUAACCCGAGCGUGAGCGAGUGCGUUAAGGGCUGCCUCAUCGCUCUUAGCGUGGGUUGCACACUGGUGGGCAUAUGCCCCUUCCCCACUCCAUGAUUUUUAGCGCUCGUGCGUAGACCUUUGUAUUCCGUCUGUUCUUAAGAAUAACGACAGGAAUGCUCCAAAGAGGGCCAACGAGGGCAGAAAAUGUUGACUGCGGUGCAGUUAUGGCGUUGAUAUGGACGCUACCUACACAUAAUAAGCAAAUGCUGCGAAGUGCUGGAGGCGACCUUAUUUAUCAUUAUUUUUUCAGAGCGCUUUAUCACUUUGUCACCUUGUACUUUUUUCCUCUUGCAUAGGCGGCUGUCUGCAAACUUACAACAAUCGCUGAACGAGAGAUAGGCCGACAAGCGCAGCAGCCGAAUUACCUCAUCCUCCGUCACCAGCUCGCCAUUCAGCCUUUCCAACAGUGUCGAAUAACUGAUGAGUGGCGACGAUGCUGACGUGGCUUUGGUGGCAGUGAACACAGCUGAAUGAAUUAUUUUCAUGGUGCCACUCGCCGGCGGUGCUCUGAGAAUCGCGACUAGUUUAGAUCAUUUCAGCAAGGCUCUCAGCACGCUAUAUAACGGCGCUACGGAGAGGAGCGCUGAUCAAUGUGGUCCGCAGAACGAAGCUACAAGCCGCGCAGCCUAUCAAAAAUAGGAAACUGAGGGUGUCUCCGUGCGCUCAGAACAGCGCAAAGUAUGUAGUCGGGAAACGAUAAAGCCAAAUUCUAUCAAAACACUUGGUCAGUCAUUCCAACACGGCAAACAUGACGCCUUAGCCAUGUUCCUAAGCAAGCCACUCGCGCAUUUCACUCAUCCACUACAUUUCCUCUGUUGCAAAGAAGCAGGCCGCCCCAAUUUUUCCGCCAAACACCGCCAAACCAUCUUUCCAGCAUUGCCAUAGUUGCGAAGAAACCUAGUGAUUCUUGGGAGGCAUGAUCAAGUUGCACAGCGUGGCAGAUGCUGUAAGCUCGCUAGGAAAAGAACGUUCAACAAUCAAGCACAGCUUUGUCCCACUUUCUUACCUGCCUUUAAAGCGUUUGUUUGAUAUAAAUGGCGUAUUCCUUGAACAAAACAUCGCUAAGUACUCGCCUGUUGUGCCUCCGACGUGAUUGUGAUAGUCGGUGUUUAUGCGGAGAAGCACUCGCUAAGUGCCAGUAUUUAUUCUCGUGGCUCCAACUGAGUGUUCGGUUGUGCCCUUGCGCGAUGUGUUGCGGAAAUCUCUGAAAAAAAAAAAACUCCUGAUUCAACAUGCCGCAGAUCGUUUCUUUUUGUCUUCAUUGAAGCAAAAAGGUGUUUGCACUAUGGUGCGAGGAAAGUAAAUGCAACAUAAAUGUUCUGGUACACUAUACCAUACAUCCUACUUGGUGUAAAAAGGAAAGAAAAAAUAUCUGUAUGCAGCUAAGAAACCAUAUUGUUAACUGGACGACUUUGUACAUAAUAAAAUGGUUGCACAAGCUUAUUUUUGUGCAUAGAAGUUCUCA